AUGCUACCAGACGUGUUCUUACGUUCCUUCUGUACAGAGGGCACAGUUCUUACACAGGUGGCUUUCACCAAGCGGCAGGGUGACAUCUGCGACCUCCUGGAUGCUGCCAACUGGCGGAGGCAGCUUUCUUCUGCCACACCGGUUGCCAAAGCCAUGCUGCUGUCAGAGGCGCAGCCUGGGGCCAGGGCUUUCCUCGCGGCAGUGCCGCGUGGACGCUGCCGCAUGGACCCUCCGGCAUUCAUUACUGAACUACGCCUCAGGCUGGGCAUGCCGGAAGCCAACGCCAAUGUCUGGUGCCCACGCUGCGAUGGCAUUUUGGAUGCCUACUCCCACCAUGCUGGCAUCUGCACUGUCGGUGGCCGGGACCUUGUCUGCUCCUGGGCUCUCCGUGCAGGCCUGCAGCCCGAGAAGGAGAAGGCUGGCUUGCUCUUGCCGCAGCGGCCGGAGGAUAUCCAGCUCUCAGGCCGGCGACCGGCUGACAUCUUCGUUCCCUGCUUGGAAGGGUCCCCAUCUGCACUUGACCUGGCCAUUACUGGCCCCCAGCGGAUCGGGUCCCUCCCCCAGGCAUCGGUCGAAGCAGUGAGCGCGGCAGCGGCCUAUGCUGCCGUGAAGGCUUCGCACCUGAACACUGCAGCCACUUGUGCCGUGCAAGGCAUCAAGUUCAUUCCGAUGGUGGCUGAGACCACUGGCGCUUGGGACAACGGAGCUGACCGCAUUCUGCGUCUCGUUGCGUCUGCAGCAGCCGCCAGAGAGGGCGCCGAUGGGGCAGCCUUGACUGGGCUUAUGUUCCAGGAGCUCUCGGUUUGCAUCCGGGGCUUCCGGGCUCAUGCGGCCUUGCGCCGCCGUGCUGAGCUUCAGACAGGGGCCUGCUGUCCGCUCGGCAGCCGUUGUCCUGGAGCCGCCGGCCUUGUAAAGCCGCAUGCUGCACGCGCAUGUUGGGCCAGAGCCUUCCCAUCACAUGCGGGCCCUUGUAACUGA